GUGGAGACUUUGGGGUAGAAAUUCAAGGACCAUUGUCACUGGAAUGUCGUCUGUUGGAUCAUCAACGGAAAUGACGUCACAGCGGUUCAAUUGUACUCAAAGUUUAACAGCGCCUGUAGAGUAUUUUGAAUUAAAUGUGACACUGAAUACAUCAGCUGUCUUAGCAAAUCCGGAUGUUGUACAGCUAGAUGAAAGUUCUCCGGAUAGAACUUGGCAUUUCCUGACAAGUGUGUAUACGUCAUAUCCGGUUGGUGAUCUUCAAGUUCAAUUCACGCUUAUUUUCAACAACACUCCAGGUGGAGAUUGUCUGUUUUCAUUUAAAGCAGAGGGAGACAGACACAGCUCAACUGUUGUUUGUUUACUACGUUCGGUUAUAAUGAUGAACGCGCUAAUUAUAGUAUACAUGUACAUUUGCUUUAUUUUAUUUUACAAUUUUAUUCCAAAUGUGGAUGGACAACCGAAUCCUCAACAAUUUUCAGUACUAAGGGAGCCGAUUGCUGAUGUGUCUGACUGGACCUAUGGAGAAAAUGAGAAUGGUCCGAGAUACUGGCCUUAUUUACAUCCACAAUACUGUUCCGGACAAUACCAAUCACCGAUUGCAAUAAUUACCAGGAAAACUUUUUAUAACCCUCGUUUGACAGAAUUUGCUUUAUUCCAUGAUCCGCCUCUACCAGGAUCUAAAUUCCAAGUCCACAAUACAGGGCAUACAGUUGAGGUGAACACCGUAGGACAGUUCUUUAUAACCAAUGGUGGACUAGGAAAUAUAUAUAAGACUGCUCAAUUCCAUUUCCAUUGGGGAAAACACAGCAAUAGGGGAUCAGAGCAUACCAUUGACGGUAAAAGGGCUCCGCUAGAGAUGCACAUUGUAAGUUGGAACCAGAAAUAUAUGAACGCAGAUGAUGCAGCUAAAUAUACGGACGGUCUUGCUGUUCUCUCUAUUUUGUUUAAAUUAUCAACCCGUGAUAAUCCUGUAUUAGAGCCAGUAAUACAAGUUCUACCUGAAGUCAGAGAUCCAGAUGAUCAUACAUUGAUUACAAUUCCUGCAACUUCAAUAAAACAUUUCCUGCCAAAGUUUCCAGACCGUUACUUCAGGUACCAUGGUUCUUUGACAACACCAAACUGUAACCAAGCAGUGAUUUGGAGUGUGUUCGAACAACCGCAAUUUAUUUCAGAAAGACAGUUGAACUAUUUCCGUCAAAUGCUUGCAUCCUCAACUCAUCUAGAAACCAAAUUACAGAGACAACUUGAUCUAGCUACAAAUG